ACACACACACACACACACACACACAGCUCAGGACAGAGUGAGAGGAGAUGGAGUGAGUGGGGCGUGGAGCCCCUGACUUGAUGGAGUUGUGGGAGAGAUCCUAAAAUGAAUUUUGGCCAGGGGGUUAAAUGCCAGCGAGUAGUAACAGAUCUGGAUCAUAUGCGUGUGGAGAAAGCUUUGGAUCAUUUUGGGGGAUUAACACUCUGCAAAUUCGAUAUUUAUUUGCACAUGAUGGACUUUGAACUUAAAGGAGGAUGCUCUGCAGGCAAUCUACUGUCUAACUGGUCAGUGGUUUAAGUCAGGGGUUUUAUUGAAGUGAAUAUAACUGCUGAUGCCUGUUCAAAAACACUGAUAAAAAAUAGGAGGAAGUUAACAUUAAGUUUUUUUAAAAGGGCUUUUGUACAGGCGGGAUCUAAUGCAAGGCAACAAUGGGAUUGGAUGGCAUGGAAGUAAUUGCCAUUGCUGUUGUUAUCGGACUGUUUGUUGUCGUGCUCAAACAGUUUGGGGUUUGGGAGCCCUUGUCACUGGAAGAUGAUGACAGCUGUGACGGCGAUCUAGAACUCUCAAUGGUGCGCCAUCAACCUGAGGGCCUCGAUCAGCUCCAAGCCCAGACACAGUUCACCAGGAAGGAGCUUCAGUCGCUUUACAGAGGCUUCAAAAAUGAAUGUCCCAGUGGGCUUGUGGAUGAGGAAACAUUCAAGACCAUUUACUCACAGUUCUUCCCUCAAGGAGAUGCAACCACAUAUGCACAUUUCUUGUUUAACGCAUUUGACAUGGACAGAAGUGGCUCCAUCCGGUUUGAGGACUUUGUGAUAGGAUUAUCUGUUUUGCUUAGAGGCUCUGUUACAGAGAAACUUCGAUGGGCGUUCAACUUGUAUGAUAUCAACAAAGACGGCUACAUUACUAAAGAGGAAAUGAUGGCAAUAAUGACAUCCAUUUAUGACAUGAUGGGCAGGUAUACCUUACCCAGUGUACGAGACGAUUCUCCUUAUGAGCAUGUGGAGAAAUUCUUCCAGAAAAUGGACCGGAACAGAGAUGGAGUGGUGACUAUUGAUGAAUUCAUAGAAACUUGCCAAAAGGAUGAAAAUAUAAUGGCUUCCAUGCAGCUCUUCGAGAAUGUCAUCUAGUUUCUGUAGAGGGAUGUGGAUCGGUAAUGUUGCAUAGUUCUUCCAGCUGCAAGCAUCUGGGCUUGAAAUUACUUCAUCCAUCCUAAAGAGGAGAAACUGGGUCGUGCAACACAUUUGACACAUUUUGAUACAAAGUGGCAAAAACUAUUACUUUUGCUGACAAACUGUUCUAAGCGGAGAUGUGCAGAAUUCACAGAAUCACUUAAAGAAAUUUUUUUUCUUUGCAUGACAAUUUUGUUUAUUGUUAUACAGCAUGUCAUUACAAGAUGAGCAUGACUGCUUGCAAGCAUGUGAUGCAAACCACAUUGAACACAAACAAGGGGUUUUAUCGUUGACCACUUUGAAACUUUGGCAAAUGAGAAUACUUUGUUACUGUAUUACAUAUAUAAUGUAAAGAUUAUAAUUAUGUUUCUAAGUUCUUCAGAUUUCAGUGUAAUCGCAAUACCAGGUCAUUGUCAUGUUGACCCAAACCUUACUGAAAUAAAUAUAAACCUUCACAUACUGAUAA